CCACCGCCACCGCCACAGCGCAUCGCUGCCAUGCCACCAAAACGCAAGCUCGCGCAGACCGCCGCCGACGCAGAGGCAGAGGAUGGUUGGGACGACAACGAUGAUGGGCCCAUGAGCGACCAGGAGACGUUUGACCAGCUCAAGGAGGAGUUCGACGUCAAGGCCAUGACCAAGCGCGCGCGAGCUGGCCGUGUGAGAGACGCCGCCGCCGACCUCUUCAGAAAGUCGGACCAGUGGAGCGCGCCCCUCAAGCCCGACCACUACAACCGCCCGCUGUGGAUCAACGACGCCGGCGGCAUCAUCCUCGAGUCCUUCCACCCCCUCUUCGACGAGGCCCAGGACUUUUUGAUCAACAUCGCCGAGCCGCAGUCGCGUGUAUCCAAGAUGCAUGAAUACCAGCUCACCACACACAGUCUCUUCGCCGCCGUCAGCGUCGGCCAUUCCAAGCAGGAGAUUAUCGAGAAGCUCGACCGCUACUCCAAGACUGCUCUGUCCGAGGCCAUCACUCAGUUCGUCGAGAAGUCGACGUCUGCUUUCGGUAAGGCCAAGAUUGUGCUGAAGAAGACGCUGUCGUACAUAGAGAGCGAGGACCCAGCCAUCCUCCAGAAACUCCUCCGCGAUCCCAUCAUCGCAGAGUGCAGGGCCGACUCCACCGACGGCCUCAUCAAGGAGGCUGCGCCCAAGAUUGGUCAGAUGGCCAUUCCAGGUACCAAACUGGCGGCUGGUGCCAACAACAUGGCCCAGCAGCAACCUCCGCCAGACGCCAACCCAAAUCCCGCACCAAGCGAAAUGAUUGCUACACUGCGAGAGGACGAUGAUGACGACGAGGUUGCCCAAGUUCACUCGUUCCAAAUCAAGAGUGAGGAGCGAGAAAAGGUGGUCAAACGCUGCCGGGCCAUUGGUCUUCCCCUCACUGAAGAGUACGACUUUAACAACGACGACACAAAUCCAAACUUGGAGAUUGACCUCAAGCCGCACGCGCAAAUUCGAUACUACCAGGAAAAGGCCCUCAGUAAAAUGUUUUCAAACUCUCGUGCACGUUCAGGUAUCAUAGUGUUGCCCUGUGGCGCAGGUAAGACUCUAGUCGGCAUUACGGCUGCCUGUGGUGUGAAGAAAUCCGUCAUUGUCCUGUGCACAAGUGCCAUGUCCGUUGUCCAGUGGCGAGCCGAAUUCAUCAAGUGGUCCAACAUCAACCCCGAGGACGUGGCCGUCUUCACUGCCGACAACAAGACUCGAUUUCCUCGCCAGGCAGGUAUUAUUAUCAGCACCUACUCUAUGAUUAGUAAUGCCAGAAAGCGAUCGCACGACGCUGAAAAGGUCAUGCAGUUCAUUCGUGGGCAGGAAUGGGGAUUGCUCAUAGCUGAUGAAGUGCACGUUGUGCCCGCCAACAUUUUCAAGAAAGUCACCUACGAGAUUGCAUCGCACGCAAAACUGGGCCUGACAGCCACGCUUCUCCGAGAAGAUGACAAGAUUGACGACCUCAACUUUCUGAUUGGCCCCAAGCUCUACGAAGCCAACUGGCAAGAAUUGUCAGAACAAGGACACAUUGCUAAAGUUCAGUGCGCCGAGGUUUGGUGCCAAAUGACGCCCGAGUUUUACACGGAAUGGCUCAAGCCUUCCUCGCUCCAAAAGCGCGCAUUGCUGUCGAUUAUGAACCCCAAGAAAUUUCAAGCCUGUCAGUUCCUCAUCAACUAUCAUGAAUCCCGAGGAGACAAGAUUAUUGUCUUCUCUGACAAUGUAUAUGCGUUGGAAAAGUAUUCGCGCAAGCUCGGCAAGGCGUACAUUUACGGCGCAACCCCCCAACAAGAACGUCUUCGUAUCUUGGAGAACUUUCAACACAAUGAGCUCGUCAACACCAUCUUUUUGUCCAAGAUUGGCGACACCAGUCUAGAUCUGCCGGAGGCGACAUGUCUAAUCCAAAUAUCAUCACAUUACGGCUCACGCCGUCAAGAAGCGCAACGCUUGGGUAGAAUUCUUCGGGCUAAGAGAAGGAAUGACGAGGGUUUCAACGCCUUCUUCUACUCCCUGGUCUCCAAAGACACUGACGAGAUGUACUACUCGUCCAAGCGUCAGGCCUUCCUUGUCGACCAGGGAUACGCCUUCAAGGUCAUUACCCGUCUUGAAGGACUGGAAAACUUUUCGCAGCUGGCAUUUGCGACGCCACAAGAGCGGCGAGAGCUUCUCAUGGAUGUUCUACUUGCCCGCGAGGAAGACGCCAAGGAGGAGAGAAUCGAAGGUGACGCAUUUGGCACCAAGUAUGCUUCCAACAAGGGCAACAAAAAGAAGUUUGGAGUGAGACGAGCAGCUGGUACCCUUUCAGAAUUGUCGGGUGGCCAAACCAUGGCGUACAUGGAGGUGAACAGGAGCAGGAACAAGGAACUCAAGGGAACAAAGGGUGUACAAAAUGCCUUUAUGAGGAAACUUGCCCGGUCUGGGGCAAAGAAGUAAGAUGCGUUCAUCUUGUCAUGAUUCGGAUAAAUCGUUGUAUAGACUUUGGUUUUGGAGGUCAAUGUAGUUUAGCCUAGCUGAGUCUCUAGGCAAAUCGUUAAUGAUAC